GGUAUAGGGGAAGCUCUGCGUCAAUGCUGUGGGUAUGAUCACCCAGCUCGGUUGUUAGCACGUGUGCUGGGCAUAUCUAGGUGCUCGCUGUAGAAAUCAGCUUACUUCAGCAUUGGGCGUUGAGUGUUUAGUUUGCCAAGGCUGGAGCGGUGUACGUGCCGUGUGUCAUACUACAAAUUUUGCGCUUCUUGGAAGCGAUUCUACUCCGGCUAUGAUGUCAGAGGAUGAAAAUACCAACAACGCGUCGGAAAGCAUGCAGGCGCACACCGAUGACUGUGGUCUCCAUGACAACGGCAACCAACAACGGCACGCAGUCGAUGAAUUGUCGCCUAACGAGCAGGAAGUGAUGGAUGCUGUUCAGCCUUCUGUGUCGGACCAGCCGCCGGGAGUGGAAGACGGUGAUCUGUCGGCCGAUUUGGAGACUGCUGUGAUUGGUUCAGAUAACCCUGGGUCAAAUGACACAGAGAUUGUAACUGAUCGUCGGGAAACGAUCUCUGAUCAACCGCUUCAAGAGGACUCUAGAAAGGGUUCGAAUGACAUGAAGACCAGACCUGUCGAAAACCAUCAUCGAACUUCAGAUAGAGGGUCGUCUGACUCUAAGCUGGACACUAAAGACAAUGAUGUCGCAAUGGUUGAAGAGAAUACAGUUUCCGAACCAUACCAAAAAGAUGAAGAAAGGUCUUAUCAAACCUUUCCCUCCGAGACCCAAUCUCCACGUCGUAGCAGUGGAGACAGAUCGCCACGCCGCUCGAGUGGGCGUCGUCGCAGCUCGACUGUGUUGUACAAUGUUGAUCAUGAAGAGCCACGAUUCCGUUACUCUCAACCCAAGUCACCAGGUGCUGUGAAGAAGAUCAAACUAGACAGCCGUAAAUGUCCAUUUUGUGGCAUCCAAAAGAAGAGUCCGUCGGAUCUGGAGCGUCACCUACGGUCACAUACUGGGGAAAAGCCAUUUGUCUGUCAGGUGUGUAAAAAAGAAUUCAAGGCUAAGCGAAGUGUGCAAUAUCACGAAUACAUGGAACACGGGAUCGAAUCAAAGGAAACGAAUCUGAUGGACCGAUAUCGCGAACGGAAAAUACGAAUGGCGAUGGAAAAGAAAGUUGCGUCAGAUUAUCUCAGGUUUGGUGCACGUAAACGUGGUAGACUUUUAAAUUCUUAUAAUGCUUUCAACGAUACUGGUGCUGCUGGAUUGGAUAUAAAAACUGAACCAGAGGAUUGGAGUUUUUUCAGUGGGACUGACGAGUUAGAUGAUGAGAUUAAAAUGGAACGGGGCAAUUCUGAUCCAUCGAAAAAAAUAAAUGGGCCUGAAAUAGACAACCGUUUGCCGCUUGUUGAAGGGACGUCGAACGCUGGAAUGCAUUUCGGUGUGAACCCAGAUCAGAAUCGUAAUGGUGUUGCAGAUGCAGAUUGCAAUGUUGUCUCGUUUGAAAGUAGCCUGGGGCAACUAGUUGAAUCAGAGUUCAAAAUGUUUGGUAAAAAGACAGUGAGUGAAAAUUCUGCGGAUGGCAAAUCAGACUUAAAUUCAACACAAGAGAAAACCUUUCCGACCCCUUUUGAAGAUGAUGAUUCUAAUGACAGUAUGAUUUUCAUCGACAAAAAUGGCACAGCAUUUGUCGAUCAGGACAGUUUCGAUGAUCAGACAUCGCAAAGUGUACAAAGUCUCUCCUUUAAUCCUGACGGUAGUUACAACUUUGGGUCGGCACAGAUGAAUUCAGACAACCAGUCUACACCUAGUGGUUCUGUUGCAGACAACACUAUGAUGGUCGAUCAGGAAUCCAACACAAUCGUUUUGGAUUUGGAAACAGUUCAGCUUGAAACAGGUAUUGACGUGACAAAUAUGACGAAGGAAGAAAAACGUGCCUAUUUCCUCUCUAAGCGGACAUGCCUUCAUUGUGGAAAAGUUUGCCCUAAACCAAGUGAUCUGAAGAGGCAUCUGUUGGUGCAUACUGGAGAACGUCCUUACAAAUGUCGGGCCUGUGAUCGAGCAUUUAAAUCCAAAGGGUCGCUACAAUACCACGAGAAGACCAACCAUAACUUCAAUAUUGACCUCAGCCAUGGUCUUAAGGAACGCUAUCUCAAGGUCAAAGAAAACGAACUCCGACGCUUUGUCACAGAUGGUGAAAAACCAAAACCAGAUGAGCUUGACACGAAGCAGAAACAGCCAAGUUACGAGAGUAGCCAGCAGCCAUGCUAUCAACUAUUUGGUGCUUUAGACACAGGAACUGUUCAGCAGAUUUUGAAUCAGAAUUUAAAUGAUUUAGACGAGGAUAUGCCAAAUAAGGAGUAUCCGCAGUUACGCAAUGCGCUGGGUUAUGAUGGGCAGUCCAUGACGGGGCAGUGGACUGUCGUUGGUGAGAAAAGGGCAGAAAAAAGCGAGAGUUUUCAAAUCGACGAAACAAACAGUCAGUCAGUGAGAAUAAAAUUAGAACCAAUUGACCCUGAUGAUAAGGAAGUGGCUUCAAAAACGAAUGACUCCUCUAAGAAUCUUAAUUCAGUGCCCCAAACACACUCACAGCCAACAGUUUCAUCUGGUACUCUCGUGACUUUAGAAGAUCAAGUCUGUACCAUGGCUUGCUCAUCGCCAAUGGUUACACCUAUAAUAUCCAAUGUUCGUUCAUUGUCAACAUUUUCAGACUCCCUCACAUCAACUUUGGAGUCGGUCGUUUCCUCAACUAAUGAUGCGCCCUCUGCGUUAACAACGGUUUUGCCUUCGUGUGAGAUACACAUCAGCCGCUCUUCAAAAGAUUCUACCUCUUCCCAAUCGCAUAGUCAGAUCAGAUCUACACCUGUAGUUAGCACUUAUGAUACAAAUGAGAAACCUAGUCAAGAACAUAGUGGGAGUGAUGUGAUAUCAUGUGGCUCUACUGCUCAGGCACCCUACAGUAGAAGUGUUGCCAUGAAGUCUCCCGGACAGCUCAAUACGGAGCCCAUUCCUGCAGUACCUGCUGCCCCCUUUAUGAUGAAUUCACCGGUCCAGUUGCGUAUUCCGAACCCUGGUGUCAUACAGCAUGGUCCACACUUCAGACCUGUUACAACUUGUCCCAGUAGCUGUGAAACAACAAAAGGACACUUGACGCAAAGUAGAGCUCCCCAUCUGCAAAGUCGUACCUCCGCUGCACCUGUGGGUUCUACGAGCCAAGAACAUUUGAUGUCUCUCAUAAGGGCACCCCCUGCACCUCUGCCGAACAUUCCAAACCCUGAUAUGUUGUCUCAGUCUCGAAUGUUUGGUCCAACGAUGCACUACAGGCCGAUACAAUCCCGUUUUGUACCGCCCAAUCAUUUUGUCUCGCAAGUUCAACAGCACCCUUUGGAUAAAAUGACUCUAGCGAAUCCUGUAGUAAACCCGCCAAAUGUUGUCGUUAAACAGCAGCGCUACCGCGACAAAUUAGUGAAUGAUUUACUACCAGACCAUGACAAUCUUCUUGACAAUUUCACGAUAAUGAAGGAGACGACUUUUAUUGCCAAGAUUGAUGCUUCAAAUAAGAAAUCAGGUGAAUCAGUGGUGCUAUACAAAUGUUAUCUGUGCAUGGGAAAAGUUUUCGAUUCGAUGCAAAAAAUGAAGGAUCACAUGACAAGUCACUCAAGUAUUGGCUCAAAAUUACCAUAUCGUUGUCCAGUCUGCCAAGCAGCAUUUCAAUUCCGUAUCAUACUCUUGCGCCACUUGCGAUCACUACACCACUGGGACGUGGAGGAAAAAGACGAUUUCAGUAUCGCAAGUCACGAGCCCGCCUUGGCAGAAACACCAGCAAAGGAAGAAACAAAUGCAACACCUGAACCACCUGUUCCAGACAUCCCAGAUCAAGAUGACCGACUCAGUGACGUUGAAAUGUUGGAUGAUGAUUUGUCUUCACAAAGUUUGACUGAUUUCGAUGCUGAUGAGAGCAUUGAAUUGGCUGCACUAAGAUCUCCAAAUGAGGACGAAUCGCAUAAUGACAUGAUCAAAAAUGUUUUUGAAAGUAACAAUCAUAUUUCUAGUCUAUUAGGUGCAGUGUCACGACCAAGGAGAUUUGAUGGACUGUUUAGGUGCCGUUUCUGCCCCAAGUCAUUCUUUCGGUUUUUCUGCCUUCAGCGUCAUGAGAGGGUGCACACAGGGGUCAAAACAUGCUACUGUAAACAGUGUGGACGGGGCUUCAGUGAACUACGCAACCUGCGGCACCAUAUUCUGCGCUUUCAUUCCGGGUUAGAUCGGCAGGAACUUUUCAAGUUAUUAUCUCGCGGAAGCCCGAGUAAAAAGGUAGCUGAACCUUAUGUCAAGGGUUUGAUUGGAAGGGACUCUGCUCCAAAAUGGCCGAUGCCUAGGCCUAGACUUGGACCGUUGCAGUUGCCACUCCUUCCUCCAGAACGUCCGCCCUCUGUUCCGGCAUCAACAUCAACAUCUCACAUGUCACAGUCUCCAGUAGAAGAGCCGGAGCAGUCUUCAUCUGCAACUGCACUGAAUGCUCGUCUGGAAUUACGCUCGCACUUGGAGGAAAAGAUUCGUCGCAAAGAGGGUGUGUCGGAUGAUAUUACGAUUGUGAUUCCAUCUGAUAUGCCUUUGGAUGAUUCUCCAGCAACUGCUACAGAGCCCGAGGAUAAUCCUGCUGAUAUUGGUGAAGGUCAAGGUCAAUCAAAGAAUGAUCAUGACCUUGCUGUUAAAUGUCAAGGUGAUGAGAGUAUCUCUAGUGGCCAAGGUCAGGGUCAAGAAAAAAAUGACACUGAAAAGGAAUCUGUAGAAGGAAUCAAAAACAAUAACAGUGCAGAAGUGAAAGAUAUGGAGAGUGUGGGAUGGAAUUCAGUAUCUGCAUUUCCAAAAUGUGAACCAAACCAAUCAAGAUCAGAAUCUCAAAAAAGUGUACAAAAAGACUUGGAACAAAAUUGCAUUUUGGAUGAAGAGAAUAUACGCAUAGAAAACCCGAGCACCAGUUCAGAAAAGCCAAAGGAUGCAGAGCCAAUGAGUACUAAUCAACCUAGUAUGAAUGCAGGAAUCCCUUGUGUUGUAAACACUACUAAUCCUGAAUCAACCUCAGCUUCAAAAAACAUGAUUAACAUUUCUAGUCCACCACCGAUGUUCAGUCCAAAUUUUCUCAGUCACACAAGCUUACCACAAUCAUUCGGGAUGGCCCAAAUGUCACCUAUGAACCUACAGUUAUCUGUGAACACAAAUGGCCAGGUUACAGGAAUCCCUAUGUCACCUGGCGGACCUUACAGCCUGUCGCCCCGCGGACCUUUCCUCAGUCCUCCGCACAUGACCAUGUUGCCAUUUAGCUCAGCCCUACUCAAUGUCCCUGGUGCUCGCCCAAUGUUUCAAGCACCGAUGAUGACAUCCACUGUACCUACCAUGACGCAGCCAUCGUACGUGAUGUACCCGCCCCUGCCUGUUAGUGCGCCUGCCCGCACGCCACAGAGGUCGUAUCUCCAGGAUGUCGCAGCGAGGUUUAACGCACCAGAUGGGGGAGAUGCCGCAGUUGACGAUAAGAAGCAGAGGAAUUUUUCUAACCUGUCAAGAACUCAUUCGAGGGUUGAAGUGAUCUGUGAUCCGCAGAAGCAUGAAGAGUCUGCCACCCCAGUGUUCCUGCCUGAUGGACGGACAUUAUUCAGAUGUGCAUAUUGUGCCAAGGAAUUCCCCAAUUACUCGGACAUCAGGAGACAUCUAAACUUUCAUGAAGAUGUGCGCCCUUUCAAGUGCAAGAUGUGCCAGUACAGUGCAAGAACCAGCAGUCAGCUUAAAGUUCAUAUGAUGAGACAUCAGGGCAUACGUGAGUUCAAGUGUCAUAUUUGUCAUUACGAGGGCGUGACACAGUCUGACCUGAAUCGCCACCUCCGAUCCCAGUCGCAUCUUUACCUGGAGCGCAUGGGAAACAAGUGCAAGAAAUGCGGAGAGGAUUACACGAGCCGACAAGUUAUGAACCACGGCCACAUUUGUAAGGCGCAGGCAAUGCAUCCCGCCAUACAACUCGGAAUGAAGAAGGUUCGUUGAAAGAGAAUGAUGUCGGAAAGGAACUUGACAGAUGCACAGUGCAGAAUGUGCUAAAUGGGUUGCAUUUAGCAUUCAGGAAUCAUGACAAGAGCUAUUGUAUUUGAGUUUGUUUAUUUUUUCAAAACUUGUUUCAUAGUGCUUUAUACCAUACGCGCCAGAUGGGCACCUAGGCUUCUGUGAUACUAUUGUAAAGUUUUCUGCUAAAAGAUAUUUUUAUACUUCACUGGAUAUUCAUGUGAUUGGUGGGUGAAGUUAUUAUUGUUCAGUUAGUGCAUUUCUUUGUUAGUCUGUCUUUAAAACCAUUUUUUCCCAGUUAAACAUUCUACAUUUUCUCAAUGAGAAUGACGAGUUUUUUGGCCAAUUCGGCUGGACUUCCAGAGAUUUAUAAGAGUUGAUGAAUCAUGUAUGUAAACAGGGUGUUGUUAAAUAAUCGUUGAUAUUGUUGAAAUUAAAUGUUGGGUUGAUGAACAUGUACUGGAACUUUCAGAUUGUGAAUGCGAGCAGUUAGGGACAUUCAUUCAGUACGUACACAACAAGGGAGGGGGUAUAUUUGAGGCCCAUUGUGUAUUCAUACAAAAUGAUCGUACCAUUACCAGUGUUUAUAGGCAGUCAGUCAGUCUGGAUUGCUAGAUUUUAGGCACUUGCUCGGACAAGACCAGUCUUAUAAUUGGUCUGGAGAGAGUACUCAGGGUAGUCAGCACUGCAGGAUCACAUAGAUUGCCUCUCUAGAGUCCAGUGUCUUUGUCUUGAUGUAGGUCUGCCUUUCUUUUGUACCGGCCAGUCAUUUUAUGGAAGGUGAUGAGCUUAUUCAUUACACACCAUUAUGUGGCAAGAACCACAAUAUAUGGCAUUUAUAACAUACAUUAUAGAAAUCUGCCAGUUUUCAUUCCUUGUAUUGAACAUGACCUCUCUGAUUUUGUAUAUUGUACAUACAUGUAGAACAAUGUAAAUUUUUCAUUUAGUUUUAUGUAUAUUUUUUUAUAUUCUAUUUCUACUAUAUGUUUAGAUUCUAUAUUAUGGCAUGUGCAUGUAUAUUUUAGCUGUCAUGAGCAUUGCUCUAUGUGCUUCUUAUUGUGUGUAUAAGCCUGAACUUGGCUUUUACUAUCCAUUGUAUGAUAAUCGAAAAUUCUCAUAAAAUAGUCCUAAGCAUGGUACAUUGAUGUCAUCUGAACUUGAACCAGUGUUCAGUACUACUGUUUGGCUUUGAGGGCUGGUUGUCCAAAGGCUUAGUCUCAAAUGUAAUACUGUAAAACUGCUUAAUCACUUAUAUACAGUACAUGUAUUUCUAAACAGACGAGGUCAGUGUGGGCAGGGCUGUCCCCUUUUUGCGGCCCGAAAACAAUUAACUUUGAAACAAUAGAAGAGGGUUGAUUAAAAAUGGAUAAUGAGGCAGCGUUUUCACCGGAUGAUGUACUUAAGACACUGUUAAAUUUGUUAGUUAAUAGAAAUUAUAUCAAUAUGUAAAUGCAAGAGCACCCUGCUCUUAUGCUGAACAGAGCUUAUCUAUGAUGACAUUCAGUGUUUGAUAGCAAACACAUGGCCAUGGCUGUGGAAAUGAUAACCGUACAGCAUCGUUUAGCUAUUAAUGUUCAUGUGUUUGCCGUCUAUUAUGGCAAUGAUGAUGUCAUUGAUAGUUGAAAUUGUUAAGAAAUGUCUCUCUAUGUGUAGUUGUCAGAAAUUGUCAUAUCCAGCAUAUGAUGGAAUAUAAGUUGUUUAAUUUUUUUAAUGAAAAGAAAAAUACAA